CUUCGAUGGAUCGUGGUUCGCAACGACGGGGAACCCGAUUCCAUGAUUAAACUCGUUGGUCUCAAAUCGCUCUUUUCGAAGCAGUUACCCAAAAUGCCGCGGGCAUAUAUUGCCCGUCUUGUGUUUGACCGCCGUCAUACAUCCUUGGCUAUUCUCAACGAUAAUCCCGACGUGAAAGAUUCCGACGAAGAAAUUAUUGGCGGUAUUUGCUACCGUGCUUUUCCGGAAAUGCGUUUUGCCGAAAUUGCUUUUUGUGCCGUUAAUGCGUCCCAUCAAGUCAAAGGAUACGGCACCAAGCUUAUGAACUUGCUCAAAAAGAUUGGCGCCGAAACCGGAAUCGAAUAUUUCAUUACGUACGCCGACAACUACGCCAUUGGCUACUUCAAAAAGCAAGGGUUUGCCAAGAAUAUUUCCAUGCCCAAGGGUCGAUACUUUGGCCUAAUCAAGGACUAUGACGGUGGCACACCGAUGGAAUGCUACGUCCAUCCCUCUAUUGAUUUUACCCGCGUUCCGGAAAUGCUGCAGGCGCAACGGAAUUUUAUUCUCGCGCAAGUGAGUCGCGUCGCCAAGAGCCGGAUCGUGUACGAGCCGUUGUCCUUAUCACGGUCCAAUCAAGCGGCCGCCCGCGCGUUGGCCAUUCCCGGGAUUGCCCAGGCCGGUUGGACGUUGGCCGAUUUGACCACCGCCAGUGGACAAGGCAAGGAAGCGGAUCGUCAGAAGAGUGCCCUCAAAACUACGCUGUUGGCAAUGUUACGGAAAAUUGAAGAGCAGCAAUUUGCGUGGCCUUUCCGGGAGCCCGUAGAUCUGACGGAAGUUCCGGAUUAUUUGCAAGUCGUGACGACCCCGAUUGACUUGUCGACAAUGGAAAAGCGGAUCCGGGCCGAUCUGUACCGGUCCAAGCAAAUGGCGUUUGCCGAUCUAAUGCUCAUGGUGAACAACUGCAAAUUAUACAAUGACGACGGAAGCCCGUAUAUGGAGUGUGCGACUAGUUUGGAACGAUACGUGAAGAAUCUC